UGUGGGCGGCGGCGGCUGAGGCGGAGCCGGGUCCGAAUGAAGGCGCCGCGGGCGAGGGGCCGCUGAGCGCCCCGGGCCCCGCUCCCCGGCCCCGGCAGGCAGCGGCCGCCCGGGCCCCGCCAUGUCCUACAACAAGAUCCCGCCGCGCUGGCUCCACUGCCCCAGGAGGGGGCAGCCCGUGGCAGGGAAGUUUUUACCAUUGAAGACAAUGCUAGGACCAAGAUAUGAUGAGCAGGUUGCUGAAGAAAAUCGUUUUCACCCAAGUAUGUUAUCCAACUACUUGAAGAGUCUGAAGGUUAAAAUGGGUUUACUGGUAGACUUGACCAACACCACUAGAUUCUAUGAUAGGAAUGAUAUAGAAAAAGAGGGCAUUAAAUAUAUAAAGCUCCAGUGUAAAGGGCAUGGUGAGUGCCCUACACCUGAGAAUACAGAAACAUUUAUCCGUGUUUGUGAACACUUCAGUGAUAAGAAUCCCUCAGAGCUUAUAGGUGUCCAUUGCACACAUGGUUUCAACAGAACUGGAUUUCUGAUCUGUGCCUUUCUGGUUGAGAAGCUGGACUGGAGUAUCGAGGCUGCUGUGGCUACUUUUGCUCAGGCUAGACCACCAGGUAUUUACAAAGGUGACUAUUUGAAGGAAUUGUUUCGUCGUUACGGAGAUGAAGAUGAUGCACCAUCACCACCUGAGCUACCAGAGUGGUGCUUUGAUGAAGAUGAAGAGGAGGAUGAUGAUAAUGGUAAAAUGGGAGGCCAAGAAACAGAACCUGGGUCAUCAAGCUCUUCCUUUGGCAAGAGGAGAAAAGAACGCCUAAAACUGGGUGCAAUUUUUUUGGAAGGAAUAACAGUUAAAUGUGUGACGCAGGUGACAACACAACCAAAGUUAGGAGGAAUACAGCAAAAAUGUCAGCAGUUCUGUGGAUGGGAAGGGUCUGGAUUCCCUGGAGCACAGCCUGUUUCCAUGGACAAACAAAAUAUUAAAUUUUUGGAGCAGAAGCCAUACAAAGUUAGCUGGAAAGCAGACGGCACUCGGUACAUGAUGCUGAUUGAUGGAAAGAAUGAAGUUUAUAUGAUUGAUAGAGACAAUUCAAUUUUUCAUGUAUCUAAUCUGGAAUUUCCUUUUCGUAAAGAUCUUCGCACACAUCUAACAAACACUCUUCUGGAUGGGGAAAUGAUCAUCGACAAGGUUAAUGGGCAGGUAGUCCCUCGGUACUUGAUAUAUGACAUUAUUAAGUUUAAUGGACAGCCUGUUGGAGAGUGUGAUUUUAAUGUUCGACUCGCAUGUAUAGAGAAAGAGAUUAUAUUUCCACGGCAUGAAAAGAUGAAGACUGGUCUUAUUGACAAAACACAAGAACCAUUUAGUGUUCGAAACAAACCAUUUUUCGACAUCUACACAUCAAGAAAGCUCCUGGAAGGAAACUUUGCCAGAGAAGUUAGUCAUGAAGUGGAUGGACUGAUAUUUCAGCCUACAGGAAAGUACAAGCCUGGUCGAUGUGAUGAUAUUUUGAAGUGGAAGCCACCCAGCUUGAACUCAGUUGAUUUUCGCCUAAAGAUAACAAGAAUUGGUGGAGAGGGGCUACUCACCCAGAAUGUUGGUCUUCUUUAUGUUGGAAACUUUGACAGACCUUUUGCACAAAUUAAGGUGACAAAGGAACUGAAACAGUAUGACAAUAAAAUUAUAGAGUGCAAGUUUGAGAACAACAGCUGGGUCUUCAUGAGACAGAGAAUAGACAAAAGCUUUCCAAAUGCCUACAGCACUGCCAUGGCUGUUUGCAAUAGCAUCCAGAACCCGGUCACGAAGGAGAUGCUGUUUGAGUUCAUUGACAGAUGUACAGCAGCUUCUCAAGGACAGACACGGAAACACCACCUCGAUCCUGACACUGAACUCAUGCCACCCCCACCACCCAAAAGGCCACGUACCAUAACGUAAGGCCUUGUUCUCAGCAGAGAGUGUGUUUACAGUUCUGCAGGAGGCGACGCGCGAGUGUGAAGGCUGGAAAAACAGAAUUCUGAAUGGCUGUAAAGACUCGGGUGUGGGGUUUUUUUGAGUUGUUUGUUUGGUUUUGUUUUCUGUUGUGUUUUUUUUUUUAAAAAAAAACACCAAAACAACAAACCUACAUAUGAAUGGACAUUGUUUCGUAACUGAUAAAUUCAAUCUUACCUUAUGGUAUUUGAAGAUUAAAUUUCCAAAGGUUUAGACAAGAACAGUACCAUGAAGUCCAUGGAAAGCCACCUUGUUUAUAUGCGGAUCUCUUUUCACCUUUAAUUUAUAAUGUCAGCAGUCUGGAACUGAGAAAACAUUGGGAUGCUGUACCUUUUAGAGGCUGUGUUUAAAAAAAACAAAAAACAAAACACAAGUGUUUUUUUAUGAUUGUUAUUCAACUGGUUGCGAUUUGUCACCCAUAGUAUAAUUGGUCACAGUUUCCCUGCAUUUCUGAGUCUUGUGUUGAACAGCAAACAGCAAUGUUGUUUGUGCUCUGUGUUGGUGGAAAGCUAAGCUGCCUUAGAUUUCAUUACAUUCAAAAUUAGCUGGGAUUUUGUUGUUGAAAUAUUAAGGAAGUUAAUCCUUCUUGUAAUAGCAUCCCUUUGAAAGGAAAUGUGCUGGGUUUUUGGUUUUUUCCCCCAUUUGAACCUAAGACACCAAGUGUAUAGAGGGCUGAUUUUAGCUUUGCCUUUUUAAAUUUAUCUGUAGAUGAGAACACCAAAUUCUUAGUAUUACCGUCUCUGUUAAGAGGCUGUUCCUCGUACAAGGCUUCUUUCUCCACAGUGAUACCACUGUAAAUAUUACUAAAAAGUACAUAGGCAUCACUGGGAUAUGCAAGAGUAAUUAGCAAUGCUAAUCAUGACGUUUUAGAUCCAGGCACAAAAUGGCAAAAGAAAUGCCAGACAACUCCUGUGUAACAGAGGAGGGAGUUUCAGUGGGAGAGCACCACGUUAGGUGGGAAGUGUCCCAGGGAACAAGAGUUGGGGUUGGCUGUCCUUUGGCAUUGUCCUCAUCCCCUGCCUGCCUUUCUUUCUUACCAAAGGAAGAACCCCACAAAUGCCCUGAUGGCUCUUGUUGCAGCAGAAUGGCAGAUGGUCAGAACAGUAGUCCUGAGAAGCUGCAUUCUGGUUGUGUAUUGGAGGAGUUGUUCUGAGCUGGGAUUAAUUGGAAACCAAAUGCAAAUUCUGAAGUUUACUGUGCAUUUAUCAAGCAGGGAUCAAAUUGGCUCUUUCUGUAGUUUACUUAGUGUGUGGGUCAUCAAGUCAUUCAGCAAUCUAAUCAGUAAAGCUCAUUACUUUGUUAUAACUAAAAUGCAUUUUUGUUUAAAUGAGUUUUUAAUGUCUGUAGGCAAAAUUAACUCCUAUGGAAACUUGAGGACUACUGUGCUUUGUGGUGGCUUCUCUAAUUGUUUAAACCUAUUGUAGAAAUGCACAUGGCAUCAUUUAGAUGGUGUUACUAGCAUCUCUUUUUUGGGAUACUCUGUAUUUGUUUUAGAGAACUGAAAGAGUUAUAUAAGUUACUUGUUAUACUAUGGUAAAACUUGGGGGGAAAAAAGCAUUCAUCAAAGUUCUUUUUUUCAACUGUACAUAGUUUCUGCAUAUUAUCUAAUGAAAAGAUACAACAUCACCUAUGCAAGGUUGCAAAAUUCUCCUAAAAGAGCCUUAUUAAUUUGAUGUGAAAACCUAUGCAGCCUCUGUGCAUCUUGCAUUGAAACACACCAUUAAUUAUUUUUCACUCCACAUAAACGAUUUCCCCUAGAUUAUACCUGUCAUUGAGGCUGUUGUAACAGACACUUUGCCAUGGUUCUGUGGCAAUUGCAAUGUCUGUGAUGACCACGAUCUUCUCCAUGAGGUUAGGACAUUUCAUUCUUGUGAGGAUGUGUCCAGGUUAUUUCUAUCUUACUCCUUCCCAGCCCCUUGCAUCUUGUAUUUCAGCAAGGCCCAGCUUCUGGUCUUCAGAGCUGCAGCACAGCAGGCUGUCUUCCACGUGCAUUCCACCGAGUCCACGGAUGUGUUGUGGCCCUUGUCUUUGGGCAGUGUCUUUCUUUUUUUCCACACUCAGCUUGGGAUGGGUAUUUUGAAAGAAUAAUGACUGAGAAGUUUUAGACUUCCACAUUCACGUUUGAUUAUCAAACUCUUCUUGCACUAUGACCUGUAGCUUUUUAGAGAGGUCAAUCAUCUUUGCUUUUCUGGAAAUGGAAGCUACUGGGGAAGGGUUGAAUGAAGAACCUGACAAAAAGAAAUGGAAUUUCACUUGGACCAGAUGGGUUUAAUGCUGUGAGAAAUGCAAACCUCCUUUCUCUGCUACUCUGAUAUUCCAGAGGUUGAAGCUAAGAGGCAAAGAAGAGUUUGUGCCAGGAAAAUAACGAUGAUAAAAAAGCCCCCUAACCUGUCCAAUCUUUGGUGUACAGCAUGAACACCUCCACUGUUUUGUCAUUUGUUAAAUAUAUAAUUAAAAUUUCGUUUCAGUGGAGUUUCCAGAAAAUGUAAGUACAUUCCUCUACAAACUGUGUAUUAAGUAUUUUAAUAAAGUCAAUGGUUUAAAAUA